ACUAUUUUCUGGAUCAAGCAGUUCCAGCGCUGAACCAGAACCAGGAGAACUGGGUCUGUCACUUUCCAAAUCCUUAUUCCGAUCCAUUUCUACAUUUAUUUUGAAGUUCUGUUGCUGUUUUAUUGAUGCUAUUUUAUAAAUGUCUUGGUGUUUGUUAAUAGGACGGGAUGUUUGUCAUCAGACAUUGAAUUAAUACAUUUUAUUUGAAAGAACAUGAAAUAUUUAUCACAGAAUACUUCUAAGGAAGUGAUGUGUAUCAGUAUAUGGAAUAAACAGUAGAAUUUAAAAUAUAAAGUUUUAAACACUACAUUAAAAAUAGUGUAAUUAAUGACUACAAAUCCAUCUAGUGUAAAUAAAAACUAAACAUACCCGAGGUAUCAUCAUAUUUAUAGUCAUUGUCAAUUUUUCUUUUCUUUUCUCAAUCUCUUCUUCUUGUAUCAGAAGAAUUUUUUUGUGUUUUUCUUUCUAUUAAAAGUCUUUCUUCUUUCUGUCCCAUUUUCAUUUUUUCUUCAUGUUAGAGUUUGUAACUCCUGGUUCUAUUUAUUGUAUGAAAAUGAAAAUGAAUAAAAAAAAUAGAAUUCUUAAAGGAAUGGACACAGUGAACAGUUUGCUCCACCCUAACAAUGUACUGAAAAUUGAUGUUAUUGUUAUUAUUAUUUUUAUUUUAUCUAUAAGUCCAUCCACCUGCAAAAAAAAAAAAUCUAUCCUAAAGCACAAUAAAGCAUGUGCAUGGGUGAAUGGAAUUGUGACUGCAAAGCGCUUAAGAUUUAAAAAAAAGGUUGGUGUAGAACUCCCCGCCAUUCACUUAUUUAUUUAUUUAUUUAUUUAUUGUUUCCACAUAAAUGUUUACAGGUGACGGAUCCUUCAGAAGGCAAUGCGGCUCCUGAAACAGCAGAUGGCGCCAGAGACACACGGAGGAAAGAGGUUUGUUUAGCUAAGACAAAACAGCAAAAUAAACCAAUUUGUCCUUUUUUAUUUAUUUUCUGUUUUUAGUUAGAGUAAAAAAUGGCAAGGCAUGGGCAAUCAAAACGUUUUUUUUCAAGGUAAGGUUCGAAAUUGAAUAGAACAUGAAAACAGACAUUCUACAAAACAGUAGCAGCUGCUUAUAAUGGUUUUACUAGAAGCUGGUUUGCAGCAUUUGUCCCUGGAUGGGCUUUUUUUUGUAAGAAUGAGAAUUACAAAAAUCAAAAUAAAACAUAAACAAACAAUUGAUGCUAAAAAUUACUUGAAAGACGGAGAGGUUCAAAAGCAGGAGCAAAACUUGAUGUUUUUGUAAUUAUCUUGAAAUCUGUUGCAAAAAUCAAAUUAAAAAUAGGUGAAUUUUGUGGAUUCAAAUGUAAAAUUUCUCAGUUGAAACAUUUUUAUCAAUUAUGUUCUGCAGGAAUUAAAAUAUUGUUAAGUUAAAGUUUUAACAGUUUGUAUUCUCUAUUAAAUAAAUGGUGGUGUAGUGGUUAGCACGCUCGCCUCAGCUUGUCCAGGGGGUAACUCCACCUUUGCACAACAUAGUUGUGGAUAGGCUCCAGCAACCCCAUGACCCUGAAAGGGAUCAAGCAGGAAAAUGGGAGGGUGGAUGGAAUGAAUUCAUCUUCAUUUGGAGCAUUUUUUACCUAAAUAUCCUCGUCUUGUAUGCCUCAGUAUGGACUUUGUUGGCAAAACUUUCCAUCGUUGUUUUAAAAAAUAAAAACUAAGAGAAGAACCUGUUUCUCCAAACACUCGUCUGAACGCUUCAGAUCUGACUGACUGUGGGACGCUGCAGUUGUUGACUGAGGAGCAGCUGUUUUUCUGGAGUUAAUAAUCAGUGCCUGCAGCUUCUCUCUUCCUCUGUUUUCCCUCAUAAGUCACUCGAUCUAUCUAUCUCUCCCUGCAGGUCUCUCCCUGCAGGUCUCUCCCUGUCUCGCAGACACCUGAAGUCAAGGUAAAACCACCAGAAAAACAGGACAAGUCUAUUCCUGCUGCUCCUCUGGCUCAGUGUCCUGACUUUCUGCCGUUCACUAUCACUUUCUGUCUCUGCUCACUUGUUUCUUCUUGCCUGUGUUUUCACAUAAGUUUCACUUGAAGAAGGGAAGCAAGAGGCCGAGUUCGCUCAGGACUGGCGUCCCGUUGAGCGUUCAGCUGCUCAGCCGGUUGGUCACUUUCUACAGACGAUGAGGCUCAGCGAAGUGUGUCGUGUUCCUGGAGUCUCCCCCUCUGACGGCCUGUUGACAGAAGCUGAACCUCAUGGCUCUGAACUCUCUGCACGGUGUUGAGGUGGAGAGCUGAAAGCCUUUCAUACAAGCCACACCCACCAACUAUAAGCAUGGCGGCAGUAAGCUCCACCUCCCUUCCCGCUGAGGAUCCAGUGACACCCCCACCCAUGACCACGCCUCCCCGGAAAGCUUCAGUCCGCCUUCAGGAGAGGAGAGGCUCCAACCUGUCUUUGCUUUUGGAUGUAAGCAAUCUGGGCGUGGAAGCGGUGUGUCACGUCUCCACCCCAAAAGAGGUGUGGCUUCAGUUGCUUCACACCUCCUCCAGGCCUCUCACACACGCUCUGCUGCAGGACGCCGCUGCUGACGCGAAGGCUCUGGACGCCGAGUACCAGAAAAUCCCCACAAACUUUGUGAACCCUGCAGACCUCAACGCUCCAGGACACACAAUGAAAGACAGAUACAAAACCAUCCUCCCCAACCCUGAGAGCCGUGUGAUCUUGAGGAACCCAGAAGAAGAUCCAGGACCGGAGCGUUACAUCAAUGCAAACUACAUCAAGGGCUAUAAAGAGGCUCCGAAUGCAUAUAUUGCCACUCAGGGGCCGAUGGUGCACACCGUUGGAGAUUUCUGGGACAUGGUGUGGCAGGAGAAGAGCAGCAUCAUCGUCAUGGUUACCAGACUCAAGGAGAAUGAUGUGAAAUGUGAGCCUUACUGGCCGCUGCCCCGAUAUGACAUAGAGAAGGUGACAGAGGAAAAGAUGGAGGAGCAUCAGAAGGACGAUGAGGAAGAGACCAGACGGUUCAGCAGAUUCGUGAUCAGACUAAAAGACUGUCAGGAGAAACAUGGCUUCACCGUCACCGACAUGGAGGUCCAGCUGGCCUCAGAGUGUCGUCUCGUCAGACAUUAUUGGUUCACUUCUUGGCCCGACCACCACAUCCCAGAAUGCAUCACUUCUCUGUUGAGACUGGUGGAGGAGGUGGAAGUUUACCGGAAGUCGCUUGAAUCGUCCUUCAGCUCUCAACCGACCUCUGGCCUCCAAGCGGGCCUGGGACCCGUCAUUGUUCACUGCAGUGCAGGCAUCGGCAGGACCGGCUGUUUCAUAGCCAGCAGUAUCUGCUGUCAGCAGCUCAGAGAAACCGCUCAGGUCGACAUCCUCGAGACAGUUUGUAGGCUUCGCCUCGACAGGGGGGGCAUGAUCCAGACAGUGGAGCAGUACCAGUUCCUGUAUGCCACACUGGCCAAGUACAGCUGCCAGCUGCAGCAAAACCAGGAGCAAGCUCAGGGCCAGCCUGAUCCAGUACAACAGAACCAUCAGAACCAAGUGGAUCGCUGUGACAAAGUUGAAAGUCCUGAUCCAACCCAAGAAUUAAUGUCUUCUUGGAAUGAUAACCUCAAGAUUUACGCCAGUGAUCCAAUAAAAUAAUGUUUUACAGAAAAUGUUUUGUUGUAUUUAGAUGUUAAUAGUUAUUUAUACUGUAUUUGCUUCAGCAGCUGACAGGAGUCUCUAAAGAACUGGACCGUAGUUGUUGCUGUGGCCACUAGGUGGCAGCACUGCACCAAAGCUUUCAUCAUUCUGGGACUGGAACCAGCAGCACUCCUGCUGGGAGUAGUUGCAGCUGGUUUUGCUCAUUACCAGGCACAUCUGGAUGGAAAAUCAGAAAAUAUAGGCAAAUAUUAAGGGCACAAAGAAUAGAAUUUUUUUUAUUUUAUUCAGUUAAAUAGGAUUAAAACAAGUUUUUGACUGUUAGCUUUUAAAAUGAAAAUGGAAACAGAUCUCAAGCCUCCAAAUAGUAUUACCACAAAAGAUUAGGAAGAAGAAAAGCUUAUGAAAAAUUAAAUGCAGCAUUGGUUGUACUGAGUGUGUUAUUUAGUGUUUUUGUUUGUGUAGCUGGGCAGCAUGUAGAAGUCAAAUCUGCAGUAGCUGUCCAUAAAAUUGUACACUUAAUUACCAUUUUUUUCUGCUUUAAUAGUCAGUCAAAAUGUUUUUUUUUUUUUAAACUGGUUAUAUAUCAGACUUUUGAUACAAAAUGUUUGUGCAACUGUUCGAAUGAUCUGAAGCCUGUUAAAUGUUUUCAACUUUGUUAAAGUGUAUUUACCAUAUGCCAUAACACUGCUGAAUGUAUUGACAAUAAAGUUGCUUCUAAUCUAAA